UUGUUUUAGUAUUCUUUACACAUCGAUUUAAUCACGAUAUAAAAUAUUUACACGUUACAAUAAAUCUAAAUAAGUUAAGUGAUAAAUUUGCUCAAUUAAGGAAGACUAUGAAAGUUUUAAGAGAGUGGACAAUCGACGCACCAUGGGGAAAAAUAGCAAUGAUAUCAUGGGGCAACGAGGCAGGCUUGCCAGUACUGCUGGUACACGGAAGGCAGGACAGCGCCGCCACCUUUGAGCCGCUACUACAGUUGUUGCCGGACUCGUACCAUUAUGUGGCUCUGGACCUACCCGGACAUGGGCGCUCUGAUCCUUUCCCUACAGGAGUGAUGCCAACGAGGCUGCAUUUCGUAGGCGCCGUGCACCUGCACGGCGCCUACGAAAUGCAGCCUCGUUGGCAUCACUCCUGCGCCGGCAAAGUAGAGAUUAUAGUCAGAGACGUUUACACUGGCCGGUUUGUGCGCGAGGAAAUUGCCUCGCGCGUAUGCUCGCUCUGUGUGGACCUGGCUAUUGAGUGCAACGACAUAGAGCCUAAUAUGUGUUUUUUCAUUAAAAUAUUACAUGACAAAAUAUCCAAUAAAUUUUGUUAUUUUCCAGGUUUGUUUUUCAACGCGGUGUACCCUCACCGGAUAUCGAAGAUGAUUCUCCUGGACCCCGGGCCGGCGCUGUCCCGCCUGCAAGUCCACGACCCUCAAGAGUACUUCGCCUCCUUCCACCAGAAGUACUAUGAUAACUAUGACAAGUUCGCGCAGAAGAGGAUCUACAGUAAGCAGCGCGCUCUGGAGGCGGUGAUGAAGGCGCGCGGCUUCACCGAGGCGCAGGCGCGGCUCGCGCUGUCGAGGAAUAUGGUCAAAGUCGGAGAAGACCUCUAUGAAUUAAGCUGGGACCGUCGCCUCAUAUGCCUCCCGCCGCCAAACUACCCCCCCUCCUACUACUACCAGCUGUUCUAUACCCCCACACCAACCCUGCUCAUCGCUGCCAAAGAGUUCCAGGGUGGUUAUACCAACGGCGUGAAGAAAACGCUGAAAUUAAUCAGUGAUUUGGAGAAAAGUCUGGAUAGUUUCACCGUGGUGACGGUAGAGGGCGGCCAUGAUGUGCAUUUUACUAAUCCGGAGCGGUUUAUUAAAGUGCUUUGUGAGUUUUUGGAUAAGAAAUUUGAGUGUAAGUCUAGACUGUAGAGGAAAUAUCCUCUACAGCAUAGACUUACAAUGUGUAACCAACUAUAAAAAAAAAUGGUGUGUUUAGAUUAUUCCAAAUACUUUAGUUUGAAAGGUGAUUUUAAAAAUGGACUGGUUUUAAUGUUAUUAUGGAGAUUAUAUCAAUUCUGGAAAAAUUUAUAAAUAACCAAGUAAUUAUGUACCUAUAUAUGCCCAUUUUUUAGGGUUCCGUAACUCAAAAGGAAAAAACGGAACCCUUAUAGGAUCACUCGUGCGUCUGUCUGUCCGUCUG